AUGUCUUUAACACAACCACCAGGAGGGUUUGGAGGGCCACAGUCUGGAUAUGGAUAUCCGGCCGGCAAUGAUCGUCCUAGACCACCUCCUCCUACUCUUCCUUCCAUGUCCUCUCUUUUGAACCAAGAACCUCUUGAGCAACAGCCUCGACACAACCAAUUUAUGCCGCAACAAUACCCACCACAGUACAGUAAUAUGUCAAAUCAGUCACAUCCUUUGUGGCAAAGCCAGCAGGAUCCAAAUGCCCCUGCCCCUUCAGAACCCAUGUUCAUGCAGUUAGAAGGCCAGCACACAUUGGCAAGACUCCAGAGAAAUGGAGCUCCAUCACCGAAACAUGAUCAGGAAUUGCGAUCUGAGUUUCCACAGCGCCUCUACCCAGCUCAAGUUAGCCGAUCGCCCAGUCAAGCCUCCUUCGAACCAGAAGAAACUCUUUCUCGCCGACAGUCUACUUUCUCCGAAGCUUCUUCGCGAAGCAUGCCUCAAGUUCAGACUGCCAGAAUGCCGAUAUCGAAUCUCUUGAGUGCCGAGCCAAGUCCGUCCAUGGAUCGUCCAGCACCAAAAUACACCCUUCGAAUGCGUCAACAGCCUGUUGCUGCAAGAGCUUGUGGCUUUGGUGAGCGUGACCGUCGCGUGAUUGACCCGCCACCAAUUCUUCAGAUGAAUGUGACUGCACCGCACCUGAGUGCUGCUGAAGUCAACACGUUGAUCCGAUCGCCAUUCUCAGUGAUCCACUGCAUUCUCUGGGACUCUGACAACAACUGUGAUGCAACGGCCAUGCCGGGCACAACUGACAAGCGCCAACAACGAAGACUGAUGGGCACGCUCGUGUCGUCGCCAUUCUUCGGCAAGGACGAGCACAACGUAGAUGGAUGUUUCUUCACAUUCCCUGAUUUGAGCGUCAGGACGCCAGGCAAAUACAGCUUAAAGUUCUCUCUUGUGAGCCUCGACCCGGCUCGCAUGCGACCAGGCCAGUCUGAGCCUGUCAGGGCCUUCAUCAUCAGCAGCGAUUUUCAGGUCUUUAACGCCAAGGACUUCCGAGGCAUGAGAGCAAGCACUGCGUUGACUAAGACGCUGAAGCACCAGGGAUGCUUGAUCUCCGUAAAGAAGGGAAAUAGCAAGAACAACCGAGACGAUGAAGAGGAGGAUGACGAAGAUGACGAAGAUGACGGAGAUAACUCCAAAAGAAAGCGGUCGAAGCGGUGA